CAGAAACAUCCUGAGACUUUUCUCUGAGGGCGAAAGAAGCCGAGAGUCUGGACUGAACAGAGAAGAUUCCAAAAUCCAAACCUGAUUGUUGUGUUUCAUAAGGAAGAGUAGGAGGAGAAGGAAACACAUGUGGGAGGAGACACACACACACACACACACACACACACACAGUUUUGUCCAGCUAUUCUUCUCAGGUCUCUGCAUUGACAUUCAUUCAUUUGAACAGUUGAAACAAAGCCUUAUCCUAACCCUGACCUUAACCUAGCCACAAUUCAACCACUGACUUCCUCAUUCUAAUUCUUGGUUUGAACUUCAGCAGUUCAUCUUCACCAUGUCACGUGACGGAGAACAUUGAGUUGCUAUCAAACAGGUGUAUCUAAUGCCCAGUGAUUGUUCAGCAAAGUAGAGAGAGACAUAAGAAGACACAGGUGACACACACACACACACACACACACACACACACUCGUUGUCGUUGUUGCCACUUGCUGUUUUAUUGUCUCUGUAAAUGAACAGUCAACACAGGAAGUGAAGUUAGUGAAGUGUGAAAACAGCAGACUCUGAUGUCAUGCUGAAACCACUUCUGCUUUGUGUGCUGAUGAAGAAACACUGAGCUCUGUGUUUCAGCGCUGAAUCAUCAGAACCAGAAUGUCUCGUCCUCUGGCUCUGCUCGUGGUCGUCCUCGUCUCCGUCUGUGGACACUGGCGAUUGGCAGCCGCUGAUGUUGGGGACUUCACUCCUUGCCUGCAGUUCUUCUACAGGUCCUGGCCUCCUAAAGGUCUGACGGGGACUCCAAUCUGCCAACGUUACGACAACCAGUAUCGGUUUGCCACGCUGUACAGUCGAGCGCGACGCUCUCCGUGGUUCUCAGCCUAUGUGUACACGCUGCCACAGGGAAAGAGGCCCUUGUCGUUCUGGAAGUUUGAGCCACAGUUAGCUUACGCAGGAGCUGCUGGCAACAUGAUCCGGUUCCCCCCGGGCCCUCUGGACCAAAACGUGGUGGACAGCCAGGCGGUGGAGCCAGACUACAUUAACUCCACCUACUCUCGUGGUCACAUGAACCCGAGCCUUCACCACCGGACUCACGAGGACCGCACAGCCACUUUCACCCUCACCAACGUUGUCCCGCAGAAAGCUGGCUCCAACGAUGGGCCCUGGGCAAAGCUGGAGCAGACCGUCAACAAGUCCCUCGCAGCCUUCUGUCUCGGACAGGCGUACGUCUUGACCGGCGCCAUCCCGUACCGGAGCGAGGAGCACUGGCUGAAGAACCACCGUGUGGCUGUGCCAGAGUACAUGUGGUCGGCCUACUGCUGCCCCAAAUACAACAGCAGCCUUCCAGAAGAACUGAGGAACACCUUCCCGACUUACGCCGCCAUUGGCCGCAACGACUGCAACAGCAGCGAGGAAAUCGUACCCGUGAGUAAGACAACAAAGAAAGAGUUCAGGGGUUACGACGUGAGGCGGAUGUCGCUGGAAUCGCUUGAGAUGUAUCUGAGGGACAGACUCAGUGCCGUGGUCAGUGUGUUUUACGAGCGAUGUUCUGGAUCACACUGAUCCUGCACAGAAUGUAGAACAGGGUUUCUCAAUCCUGGUCCUGGGGACUGACUGCCCUGCUCCAACACACCUGAUUCAAAUGGUCAGCUCAUCAUCCCAGAAUUCUUUUUAAAACUGUUAAUUCUGUGGUUGGUCCCCCACCCAGCCUGCCAGUUGAAUCCUCCCCAGACAAAUGUGAAGAAUUUCAUAAUCACUUUGUUAACAAAAUAGCGGAGAUUCUGCAGAAUUUUAACACCGACUUCAGACAGAUGGUAGAUGACUCCUGCCCACUCUCAACCUUAACCCACUUAAGUGAAAUCUCUCUGUCUACCCUAGAACGUACUAUUGCACUUGCAAAAUCAUCCACAUGCCUUUCAGACUGCAUUCCUAUUUGGUUUUUAAAAGCUGUUUUCCAGACGGUUGGUCCAGACCUCUUAGCCAUUAUCAACUGCUCUUUGUCUACUGGUACUUUCCCCUCCUAUUUUAAACAUGGCACUGUUUACCCUCUUUUAAAGAAACCAUCUCUAGAUCCUUCUCUUUUAUGUAAUUUUAAACCAAUCUCAAAGCUGCCUUUUUUAUCCAAGAUUUUAGAAAAAAUAGUCCCCACUCAACUGAUUUCUCAUAUGAAUGACAAUCAUAUUUUUGAAAAAUUCCAAUCUGGUUUCCACUCCUUUCAUAAUACUGAGACUGCACUGGUCAAGGUCGCCAAUGAAUUAUUGCUUGCUGCCGACUCAGGCCUCUAUUCAAUAUUAAUUCUCCUUGACCUCAGCUCAGCUUUUGACACAGUGGACCAUAAUGUCUUAAUCAGCCGUCUGAAAAAUGAUGUUGGUGUCAGUGAUGUGGCUCUGGAUUGGUUCAUCUCCUGUCUGUCCAUCAGGUCAUUCUCUGUAAGGCUUGGAGAAGCCUCCUCUUCUUGUGCCCCUCUCUUCUGUGGGGUCCCUCAGGGGUCUAUUUUGGGUCCCCUCCUAUUCACUCUUUACAUGUUACCCCUGGGGCAAAUCAUACACAGACACAAUAUUGAUUUCCACUGUUAUGCAGAUGAUACGCAGCUGUAUGUCCCACUGCAGCCUGGUAUAAGUGAUGUUCCUUGUAUUUUCUCCUGCCUUGCUGAGAUAAAAAGUCGAUGUCCGAAUAUUUUCUGCAGUUGAAUGACUCCAAAUCAGAAAUUGUUAUAAUGAGUCCCUCUGGCCCCAAAACUAGUGACAUUACUAGUCUCUCCUCUAGUCUGGGCGCCUUAUCUGACAAUGUUCAUAAAGAAGCCCGCAAUCUCGGUGUCAUCUUUGACUCAGAAUUAUCUUUUGAUACUCAGGUGACUGAAGUGGUGCAGUCAUGCUUUGCCCAACUGAGACAGCUAAUAAAGAUCAGGUCAUUCCUGUCCUCUGCAGACUUAGAAAAGGUCAUCCAUGCUUUUAUCUCUUCCAGACUUGACUACUGUAACUGUACUGUAAUACAAAAUGCUGCUGCUAGGUUUUUAACACGUACUAAGAGAUGUGACCACAUUACUCCAAUCCUUGCUGCUCUUCACUGGUUACCUGUGAGUUUUACAACUGAUUUUAAGAUUUAACUGCUUGUUUUUAAAGCCCUGAAUGGUCAGGCUCCUGCCUAUAUUUGUGAUCUGCUCACCUGAGAUCCUCCAGCAGGGCCCUCCUAAUGGUUCCAAAAUCUCAACUUGUCACUAAAGGAGACCGGGCCUUUGCUGUUUGUGCCCCUCAGCUAUGGAACUCCCUGUCUGGAGAUCUCAGGCAGGCUAACUCAGUAUCCUCUUUUAAAUCCCUUCUUAAAACUCACUUUUAUCCUAUAGCUUUUUCUUAAUUGUUGGUAUUGUUGUAAUUAUUUAAAUUAUGUUAUAUGUUCUAUCAUUGUUUGGAUAUUUAACUCAUUAUGUUAUCUGUUUUAUUGUAAAGCACUUUGUUUUUGAAAAGUGCUAUAUAAAUAAAGUUAAUAUUAUUAUUAUUAUCAGGAAGCACCGCAGAGGCCUGAUAAUGACCCGUUUAUUUGAUUCAGGUGUGUUAGAGAAGGGGAACAUCCAGGGACAGUGGUUCACCAGGACCAGGAAUGAGAAACCCUGUAGAAGAUCCUGGUUAAAGCUGCAGUAGGCAACAUAUAUUUGUCAUUAUAAUCAAUGAAUCUAAAGAAUUCUUAGAAACUAUCUAAUAAAUCUGCUGUAAAGUUCUUUAAAACGUGGGGAAAAAAACCUGGAAAAAACGGGACAAAAAUAACAUAUAAAGAAAGUUUGUCAUGGAGGAAGUUUUUACUUGCACACCAAUCUGUGACAGUGAAUUUAACUUCUGAAUUUAACACAAACCAUUGUUUUAGCUUGAUACUGGUAAUUAUACCUCAAUGUGAGCUGUUAUAAUGAAAACGAGGCUAGAUGGUUUGUCUUAAAAUUAGAUUAUUUGUCUUGGGCUGGGCUUUUUUAUGCUGCAAAGAAACUUAAAGAAAUCUGAGAAAAAUCGUAUAAAAGAGAGUCAGAGUAAAGAGUAAAGGGGGGCCUCAAAUUGAGCCUUGAGGAACUCCACAAUUCAUCUUUCACCGAAAAGAGAAGGAAGGACAAUGAACAUAAACAAAAAAAUUGUCAGUAUGGGCAAAGCUGUUACAAUUGCCACAGGAGUUGUUGAUCCAGUGCUGCUAAAAUGUUCAAAUGAUUAAAUUAAAAAACCUUGGUUUAGAUUGACCUCAGUGACACAAAAUGACCACACGAGGCAGCAGUAGACCAGCAGCUCCUGUGUCCCCGUGAGCUAAACUCACUGAUUUUCUCUAUAGGCUUUGGUGUGGGAGAGUGAGGGGUUUACAUACGUCAGUUUCCUGUCAAAAAUAUCCGUCUAACAGUGAGAGAAACUGACCGAAAUGUUCCUAAGAGUUCACAUAGACUUAAGACUGAUGUAGACUUCAAAGCAGAACUGAAACAACAACACGUACCUCACAGGAGAAAAAAGUCCAACUCUGAUUGUUUUUGACUCAAAUUGUAGCUAAGAUUAAAAUUUACACACCAUGUGAAGGAAGAAGAAGAAGAAGAAAGAUGCAACUCGAGUCACACUGAGUUUAAAAAACAAUCACAUUUGGCUCAUGAUCCACGUACCUCAAUACUGCAAUGCUGCUCCCACCAGCAGGUGGUGCCCUCGUGCAACAUAUACGCACAUGUACAGUGACUGUAAUGUCGUGUUUAAUCUCUAUAUCACACUGUUGCUGUAUUAAAGUGGGUGUAAAACAGAUUUUUAUAAAUGUAAAUUAGAAUUCUUGUAAUAAUCCAGCAGGUCUUUUUUACAGAUUAAAUGUCAUAUAUGCUUUUUUAGGUAAUUCUUCUACGUUCAUGUCAUAUUUAACAUAAAUUAAUCUGUGUAAAUGUUGUUGAUCCUGUCAUAAAUUCAAAGUUUUUUUUUUUAUUUA